CCUCCAAAUUAUCCUCAGUCAACAUUUAAAAACGUCGGCGUUAUUCGAUAUUUUUGUGAUUCAUAAAAAGAUAGAAUUUCAUUAAAUUGAAAUUUUGGAACAAUGACAAAUCAAUUGAAAUUGAGUGAUGGUUCGUUGGAUUUAAUUCUUGAACAACGUAAUCAAAAUCUUCAACCAAUCGUACAGAUAUUGGGUGCUAAAAUGAUGGCUAAUAAUCGUUUACGUGCGGUUGUUUUUGAUGGCCGUACAAUUUGUCAACAUUGUAUUAUGGUAUCGGAAGAGAUUGAAUCUUUAUUCCAAGAAGGACAAUUGGAUAAAUUUACAAUUAUUCGUUUGCAACAAUAUUCCGUAUCUUCGAUACCGAAAAAAGAUAAUAUUCCUGUCAUUUUAGUUCAACAAUUAGAAAUUCUUCAAAAAGGAGAAGAAAUUGGUAGAAAACUUGAUCCAGAUGAAUCAAUCAGUUUGAGUGCUGGUAACACAUCUUUUAAUAAUGGUUCAAAUGUUGCUACUGCAUCAUCGUCAACAUCCAAUCGAAACACAAUGAAUGUCAGCAUGAAUCAAUCGAUUAGUUCGGCUGCAUCGAAUUCAGCCCAAAAGAAACCACGAAUAUCAGAUUCCGAUAAUGUUGAUAUACGACCCGAAAAUGUCUGCCCAAUUAGCGUAUUGACACCAUUCUAUAAUGCUUGGACUAUUCGGGCAUUGUGUGUGCAUAAAAGUCCUUUACGUACUUAUAGUAAUCAACGUGGACAAGGACGUGUUUUUAACUUUGAUGUUUGUGACGAUACUGGUGAAAUUCGUGUUACAUGUUUUAAUGACGAAUGUGAUCGAUUCUAUGAUUUAAUUCAAAAAGAUCGUUGCUAUUUUAUUGGCCGCGGUAUGAUCAAAUCGGCAAACAAAAAAUUUUCUUCAGUUAACAAUGAUUACGAAAUCUCUUUGACAUCGAAUAGUUUUGUUAAACCUUGUGUAGAUAACCAAAUUGAAGCGCCAAAGUUGCGUUAUAAAUUCAUUCCCUUGUCACGAAUUGUCGAAAUGGAAGCGAACAACACUGUUGAUGUGAUUGGUGUAAUUCGUUCAGUCGGUGAAUUGGAUUCGAUCAUAUCGCGAAAGACAUCGAAAGAAUUGUUGAAGCGUGAAGUAGUGAUUGUGGAUAAAUCAUUGGCUGAAGCACGUCUCACAUUGUGGGGUGAACAGGCACAAACUUUCGAUGGUCAACCUAAUCAGGUUCUUGCACUGAAAGGUGCAUCGAUCGGUGAUUUUAAAGGUAAAACUUUAUCGGCACGAGAUUCGACAAACAUUGUUGUCGAUCCAGAUUUGCCGGAAAAAGAUCUACUUACCACUUGGUAUAGCACAUUGGAUCCUAGUGAAAAUUUCAAUCAAUUAUCAAAAUCUGAUUCACCCGCUGGUUCUAAUUUCGGUCCAAAUUAUCGUUUUAUCGCUCAGAUAAUACCGAAAAAAAUUCAAUCUGGCGAAACAUUGAAUUUCCAGACAGUAGCUACUGUUCAGGCAUUUAGUCGUAUACAGAAUCAUCUGUAUAAAUCUUGUGGUCAAAAUAAUUGCCAAAAGAAAGUAUCCGAUAAUGAUGGUAGCGGUACUUAUCAUUGUUCCAAAUGUGAUCGAACAUCGGCCGUAUUUGAAUGGCGUUUAAUGGUCAAUGUGAUGUUGACCGACGUAAGUGGUUCAUUUUGGGUAACUUUAUUUCAAGAACAGGCGGAAAAAUUAUUGGGAAAAUCUGUAGCUGAACUAUCAAGAUUAUAUGAAGAAGACCAAAAUCUUUACAUUGCUGCUCUUGAUGAAAUUCGUUUCAAACAAUUCAAUUUUCGCAUCUAUACUCGUUUGGAUACCUAUAAUGAGGAAAUUCGUAUGCGUCAUACUGCUGGCCAGGUUUAUGAAUUAAAACCGAAAGCAUUCAUCAAAAAUCUUAUGCGUUCGAUUGAAAAUUUGUCACGACAACUUUAAACUUUUCCAAGUUUUUAUAGCAAAUGACAUGCUAUUUUCAUUUUCAUUGAUAAUAUACCCGUUGAUUGGUUGAAUGAAUUGA